ACCCCAAACCACACCCAACAUAUCAUCUUCGUCGCCCAUUCGCUUUUUAGCCCUAAUCUAUCAUUCUUUGGUCUCUCCUGCGAAAACACUCAGAGCUAAAACAUGGGUGGAAGAAGCUACUCUCCAUCACCGCCUAGGGGUGGUCGUUAUGCGCGAAGGGGAAGGAGCCCUAGCCCCAGGGGUCGCUAUGGUGGUGGUAGUAGCCGUGGAAGAGAUCUCCCUACAAGUCUCUUGGUUCGUAAUCUUCGUCUUGAUUGCCGGCCGGAGGACCUUCGAAGGCCGUUUGGAGAAUUCGGUCCUUUAAAGGACAUCUACUUGCCGAGGGAUUAUUAUAGCGGAGAGCCACGGGGGUUUGGAUUCGUUCAGUUUGUUGAUCCGGCUGAUGCAGCAGAAGCAAAAUACCAGAUGGAUGGUCAGGUUUUUCAAGGGAGAGAGCUGACUGUCGUUUUUGCUGAGGAGAAUCGGAAGAAACCAGCUGAUAUGAGAUCAAGAGAGCGCAGAGGCGGAAGCAGAUAUAGUGACCGCAGACGAUCGCCACCACGUCGCCACUCUCCACCGCCUCGCUACGCCAGAUCGCGGUCUCGUAGCCGUGAGUACUCACCUCCUCCCAAGAGAAGGCAUCAAUCUAGGUCGGUUUCGCCUCGAGGAAAAAGGUUUAGUAGAGAAAGGUCGUGUUCACGCUCACCAGUGAGAGCGCGUUCUCCACCUUACAAUGGUGGGUCUAGGAGUCCUAGUCGAAGUCCCAUCAGAGACAGGUCUCCUCCACCCUAUAAUAAUGGGUCAAGGAGCCCAAGCCGAAGCCCUGAAAGAGAGGAACAGUCACCAACGGGCCGAAGCCCAAUUCGAAGUCCAAGUCGAAGCAGAAGCCCUGAUCCCCGUGAGUACGCGAGAGCCAAACCAAAGCGAGAUGCUUCACUUAGCCCUUGAGUAAUCGGCACCCAGAGUGAUUUGGGUGCAGAAACCGCUGUUGUGUUUUUAGAAUUUCGACAUGAUUUGACCUUGUUCAGGUGUUGGUUGUGGACGUUUUCAUGGUGUUGGCACUUUAUAGUUUUGAGUAUUUUUUGUGAUUCGACUGCUAAUGGUUUUGAUCCUGAAGUGAUAUGAUUGUUGUGGUGUUUAAUUCA